AUGUCAAUCACAGCCUCUACCUGUCAAUAAAUUAGUCAAUCGCCUCUCAAUCUGAGUACUGCUAAAUAACUGUGGUCCUUCCCUAAAAGCAGCCGCUUUGGCAAGUUAGAAAAUCCAAAUAAUUGCGCAGUGGCAUUUUAUGAUCUCCCAGACCAAAAGCAAAAAAGAGCUGCAGGUGUUGGCUAUUCAUCUAAAUAUGAUUUCACAAAAAAUGGACCAAAAACUCCAGCACCUGAUACCUACAAGAUAGUGGGGGAAAUAGAUUUUAAUAAAACUAAAAAUCGAGGCUAUCCCUUUGGAGUGAGUAGAGAUAAAAUGUGGUAAACUGGGAUUAUGGGGGGAUUGAAUAAAGUAACUCCUGGCCCAGGAAAGUAUGAGAGUCAGUCUACACUCAGCUAAACAAGAUAUACGAUGCGUCCAAAAAAUUAAUAAGAUAUAAUGAUUCUUACCAAAAAUGUUCCAGGACCUGGAGCUUAUAACUCUGUCUAAGGAAUAGAUUCUAAAGGAAAAUAUCCAAUUUCUAAGUUUUCCAAUAGUUGUGCCACUCUUUUUAAUCCUCCCCGAUCUAGGAGAUUUGACAAUAAAUAAUAUAGCAGUGAUGUUCCAGGACCAGGAAAUUAUAAAUUAGAUAAUAUUGGCAUUUAAAAGACUGGAUUUUAUCCAAUUUCUAAUUUACAUUCUAGUAAAUGUAGAAGUUUUCCUCAUGAUAUCAGGAAAACUUAUUCAGUUUCCAGUAUGCAAACUCCCGGACCUGGUCAGUAUAGACUUCCUUCAGAUUUUGGAUAUUACGAAUCUAAAUCGAAAUCAAUAUCUAGAAGUUGAUGAUAUAAUUUAAUUUUGAGCAAUAUUAAGUCAAUUUUAGAUUAAUUUU